UAAAGUUAAAUCUUUACCAGAGGUUGAUAUAUGUGAAGAGAUUGAUCGAGAUUCUGAUCCAUCAGAAGUCAAGAUACAGGCAGAGCAACAUAAUGAAGUUUUAAGAACAUCAGUGGUUCGUGAUCAAGUUGUACGGACUACACUUACCAGACAACUGGAGAAAUUUAAAGAUGAUCAUGUCCAAUUAUCGGCAAGAAAAAGGUGUAAUUCGAAUGAUUUUGAAGAAGGAUUCUCAACUCCACCAAAUAAAAUCAGAACCUCCAAUAGAAUGUCCCCGAAUGAGAGCCCACUCACAAUAAGAGAUUCAAAAAUAAUGUUGGAAGCUUUUGAUGAAAAUUUUGCGUCGGAUCUGAAAGAGAAAGCUCAACUAUCUACCACACCUUUUCUGCCGAAAAAACGUGCGCGCAACACACAGCAAGAGGCUGAAAAAGAUGUUACAGAUGAAGACUUGGCGAAUUCAGUGAUCGAUGCCUCCAGCACUUUCGGCAAAGUUAAAUUUCCGUCAUAUUAUAGUAAACUUAAAUCUAUCUGGAACAAUCAAGAUGCUACGAACUAUCAUAUUAUCGAUUUAGGGGAUAAAGAUACAUCGCAUAUGGUUCAUGACCUUUUAGAUGAGAAUGAGUUAAAAUCGUUGUUUAAGAGGUUAGUGUUGGAUGAUGAGGAUAUUUGGGACGAAGUAGCUCGCAGUGAUCUUGUAGAUGAAAAUAAUGAAGAGACGAGAAAUAUGGAAGGAGAUGACAAAAAGUUUAACAAAUCAAUUGUUAAAAUGGAGGAAAUAGUGCAUCAGCUGGAUUGCUUACCCGAAAAAUAUCACUACCUAUCCAACACUUUUCCUAUGUCGGCGCAAUAUUAUGACCAAUCUAAAAUGCCUGAUAUGUUUAUUGUUAAGAGCGUCUCUAGUCACCUUGAUACUAUCACAAAGAUGAAUGGUGCCAUGAAAAACACCCCUGAACGUACAUGGACAACUCACCGAAGUAUUUCUACAAAAAUAGAUGUUCAAGAAAAUGGUUUUAAAGCUGAUGGUGUAUUAGAGUUUUUUGAGCGACCCAUGCAAAUUCCAUUGUUUUUACUCGAGGUAUCAGAAGGUCCCAAUAAUCCGGACCCAGAUAAAAUUAAUGAAGAUAGACAGAAGUUGAUGAAUGAGGAACGGGACUGCUUGGCUCAAGGAUUUGGUGAUAAUGUUGAAAUUGGCCAAAUGAUAUUUAUUGGACCUGGAUUGUACUUGUUCUCACCAUUUACAAUUCCAGCUCUCGUCAUCCCAACUUCUACUGAUAACUUAGAACAUGUACCUCGACUUAUUCGAACACUCUUAUGUUUACGAUAUAAUGUUCUUAAGGAGGUUAGGAUGUUUGAGAAAUUUAAAAAGGAAGGGCAACGACGUAUCGCGAAACCUAAAACCAAAUAUCCAACUGGAGUUACACCAGAACGGCCAAAAACUGUGACAUUUGCAGAUGUUAAAAUUAUUGAAACAGCGAAUCAUUGUGCUCGAGAACCCGAGAUUAA